GCUUGGGCCCCGCGGCUGCGCGGGCCGGCGCCGGGCCCGGGGCCGGCGAGAGCAGCAGCGAGGGCUCCGAGGACUCGGAGGAGGGCGAUGGGGCAGAGGGCGCCGCCGAGGAGGGCGCCGCCGGGGCGGAUCGCGGGCGGCCGCCGCAGGUCCUGAUGGACGUGGGCCUGGGCCUCUUCGACGUGCAGGGCUCCACGGCGCCGCUGCUGCGCCGCGGCGUCGCCGAGGCGGCGGGGUGCCUGCCGGGCGCCGAGGGCGCGGAACCCUCGGCGGCGGCCGCGCCGCUCAUCCAGGAGCUGCCGGGGCCCAGCGGGGGCGGCGGCAGCGGCGGAGGUGGUGCCGGCUCCGAGGCGGGUGGCGGCGCCGCAGCGCGCGGGGAGUAG